AUGUCUAAAUAAAUUUAAUUUCAUAAAAAAAAAAAUAAUAAAAAAAUUAUAACGUUCAAAAAAGGCAACUAAUCGAGUAGAUCAAUUCACACAAAUUAUUGUGAAUAAAAAAAAAAGUGUUUAUUGUUUACAACUAAUUAGCAGCAAAAAACAUCAUCGCCUAACAUUUUCCUAUAAAAAAAGGAAAUUUUUCAGGAAUAAACAAAAAAAAUGUCAGAGUCUGCAAACAACUCAUCGUACAACCAUCCGUCGGUUUCAUUUACACCAAUGCCCCCCGGAGUGAUGGACGGCAGCAGAUGCAGUUCCGUCGAAGACAUACAAAUUUCAUUAGCACCACACAUCCAAGAGUACCUAACAAAGCACGGGCGGCGACAUUCGUGUUGUAGCGUAACGUUGCCCGUGGCAUUCGAACGUGCUGCUCCAAAAGCAUGGAUAGAUCCGCAUUUCGAUUCUGCCGUGCUGGAGGGACAAUAUCUCGCAAGCGUUUUCCCACAAAUACGACUAAGGUUUCGAUUCGCACUGACAUACAUCCUGCUGAGCUCAUUAGCAUGGCUAUUGUAUUUCUUGGCGGGCGGCGGACCAGCAAACCAAUGGUAUCAAUUAACAGUAGCACUAUCGCUUGUGUGUAUUUUCUGCAUCGGCACUAUCUGGAUAACAGACACAAGUUUAUAUCGGGCACACGCAAUUUGGGUUGCCAGCAUCACGGCGUUCCUUCUGUGCGUCGCCAGCUUGUGUUUCAUGAAGUUUUCCGAUCAGGCACUAAGUCCCCUGGGACACUUUGGUAUUUGCAUCGAGAUAAUUUUCCUCAUUUACACCGUUUUCCCGUUUCCGUUUUGGGCCUGCAUCUUGACGUCGGUCCUGUAUUCCGUCACCUUUGAAGUAUUAGCGUAUUGGACGCAAAGUGAUUAUUAUUACGACAAUUUCUACGACAAAUCCACGACAUUUACGCAGAAAAUCAUGAUUAUCCGGAUUCUGUUGCAAAUUUGCGUGCAUUUGGUUGCGAUGCACAUUCUCGUGAUGUCCGUGAUCCGAAUGCGAGGCACUUUUAUGAAAGUUGGGCAAAAUCUUCUCGUGCGAAGGCAAUUGGAGAUGGAAAAACAGCUCAAAGAGAAGAUGAUUCAUUCGAUGAUGCCGCCGCGCGUGGCGGAACUUCUCAUGCGCGAAGGCGGCGCCAGUUUCGAUCAAGAAGUUAGACCGCGUCACUCAAAUCCCUCCGACUUGAAGUCACUUUUUCGACCUUUUCACAUGAACAAGAUGAACAAUGUCAGUAUUUUGUUUGCCGAUAUUGUCGGUUUUACGAAAAUGUCAUCCACAAAGACGGCAGAACAGCUCGUGGAAAUUCUGAAUGACUUGUUUGAGCGAUUCGAUUAUCUUUGUUUGAUCAAUGGAUGCGAGAAAAUCUCGACUUUGGGCGAUUGUUAUUAUUGCGUGUCGGGAUGUCCUGAGCCGCGAGACGAUCAUGCAAUGUGCUGCGUCGAAAUGGGACUCGGAAUGAUUUCGGCAAUAAAGAUUUUCGAUGCGCAGCGAGGCGAAGGAGUGAAUAUGCGAGUGGGAAUUCACACGGGAAGCGUCUUGUGUGGCAUUGUGGGAACGAAGAGGGUCAAAUUCGAUGUUUGGAGUAAUGAUGUUUCGUUGGCCAAUAAAAUGGAAUCUUCUGGGCGCCCUGGACAAGUGCAUGUCUCAGAAGAAACCCGCAGCUUCCUCGGCGACAGUUUCGUGCUCGAAGAAGGCGAAGAAGUCUUUGGUCAUCGCACAUUUUUCGUGCUGGGACGUGUUAAUGAUCAUUCAUCGCGUCUUCCUAGUCAAGUAAAUCUCAAAGUUCCCGACAACGGUAUGCACCUUAUGCAUCCUGACGACACUUUUUCCAAUCGCAGCACCCAUUUAUCGCAAAGUGUCACGAAUUUAUCGUCUCCCAGUCAGACACAAUUUCACGUUCCGCCAGCAUCACCCGUCGUUCCUCAAGGACAAUCUCCCGUUUUGUCGCUCAGACCGCGAUUAAAGUCGAUUGGGCGUAUAAGCGGAUGUUUCGCACCCGAAGCAACAUCGCCUGAACCUCCGCAUCACGCGAGUGUCGAACGACAGGAUUCUUCAAAGUCGAAUAAAAAUGUCCCCGUUACACAAGCCCUUCCAAAAAUCAUGCUAAAUGCCAAAUCUUUUGAUACAAAUGACGACGACGGCGACAAUGACAGCUUAAAUGGCGACAUCGAGAACGGGCAUUUCAAGGGAGGGCGCGAAAGUCGUUCAAACAGCACAAGUUGCAUUCGCCCAUCGGCAGCUUCGCGUCUCCUAAACUUCAAAUUACCGAAAUUGAUGCGAAUGAAUCAGCAAAAUAGCAGCAACAAUGGCAUCUCCAAUACCAAUUUAACGAGUUUAGAUAUAAUUAAAAGCAACUGUGAUAAAUCCGAAGAAGUGCCAUGUAUCGAAAAGAAUAGCAGUAGUGUUAAUUUAGCGAAUAAUCAUCAUCAUCCCAACAAUGCGACGUAUCAACAGUUACCGGUAAUCUCGCUUGCGCCUCGCCAAAGUUGCCAUGCGCUCGAUGUGCCGAACGGAAAUAAUCGUCUUUGUCGUUCCGCCAGCAAGUCCCAUCAUACGAAUCACAUUAGUGCGGACAACAAUUCGUCCAUCAGUCAAAAUUCAAACUCGCUUUUCGAUGAUAUUAUAGAUAUAAGGUCCUACAUUUCACAAUCGCGCAGCGAUAUUUCUCCCUUUGGGCGUACCGGAUCGUAUCGCUCGCAAAGCGGAAGACAUGCGCUUCACAGUACGACGGGCGGCGGGGGCAUUACAGGCACACAACUUGAAGUUCCUCAACUGGGGCGUCCCCGAAGUUCGACAAUUGCCUCAAAUUGCCUCGAAGUUUCGGGUUCUGUGGAUCGCAGCAGUAUUUGUUCGAAUCCCUUUGGCGAUGAUAGCGUUUUUUUGCCAUCAGCAGCAGCAAGUCGAAAGGAUUCCGGCAUUCGAAGUAACAGUCGACGAAGUAGCGUGCAACAAAGUAUGUUUCCAAUGAACACCACGACAGACAAACAUCGCGUUUCGGGAUAUUUCACGAGUUCCCAGUCGAGUUUGUGUCCUCAUGCCGACAGAAUUCCCGAAGAUACGCAUUUGCCAUACGAAAUGAGUGAAUCACAUGCGACGCAUCCCGAUCCUUUGGGUGCCUGCCUGCAACAAUUGCGAAAACAAUCGGAUUUGCAGCUGAUUCGGUGUGUUCGGGACAACGCCAAGUCCCAAAAUAGUUACCUUGUGAAGCCACCAUUGUCGCGAUUCACGCUUUUUUUCAAGUCAAAACAGCUCGAGACUGAAUUUCGUUCGAAAGCGCAUCGUUUGAGUUGCGAUCAAGGUAUUGACAGUCCUCCGACGCUCGCAACACCCAAAUACAACACAUAUCUUGACAUCCUCGUGUCGUUCCUCGUGUACAUUUUCAUCUCGAUUAGCCUAUUUUUGCUUCAUCCCGGCACUUAUAUGGGCUCCUAUCGCAUCUGGGUGUCAAUUUUCAUCAUUUUUAGUUGUUUGCAUCUCUUUGCAUUGUUUUUGUGCAGCAAACAAAUGUGCCAAAAACGCUCGGAAAAGCUUCAGCAACAACGUUCCGUCUUCAAUUGCAUCUCAAAUUGGUAUCCGUGGCACAUGUGUGGCGCUUUGAUACUUUCCAUGCCCGUAAUUUCCAUCCUCGUUAACUUUGCCAUCAUGAAUAUCGAGAAUUUUCGCAUGUUCGAGUUCCAUUUUGGCUUCCUGCUCUUCGUCACGAUCCUGCAUUUCUGUAAUUUCACGCAGCUGAAUUGCUGGUGGCGAAAUUUCUUGGCUUUUAUAACGUCAGUUACCUUCGUUGGCAUUGCCGUGGGUCACAUGUUCAACAUCAAGCAUCAAAAUACCCAGAGACACAUACUUGCCAUGAACAAUCAAUCAGCGGCGAAUUUCACGGAUGUGGUCAUGGGAGCACUGAGUAACGCCUUCGACAUUGCCAAUCACACGUUUUUCAUGUCAGAUGCGGCAAACGAGACAUCCACGAAUGCUUCGGACGUUAUUCAGGCACGUGGGAGUCGUUCCAUCAAUCCCGCUGACGUUGAUUGGUUCGACAGUUACCGCAUCGAAAUUUACUUGGAUCUUUUUUUGCUGCUCGUGCUCGUGUGGUUUUUGAAUCGUGAGUUCGAGAUCGGCUACAGACUGAGUUUUUACGGCAGCGCGAUCGCGAAUCAAGACAAGAUGAGGGUACAAAAUAUGAAAAAUCAAGCUGAUAUGCUGUUGCAUAACAUAAUCCCGAAACACGUGGCAGAAGAGCUAAAAUGCACGGCAAAGUACUCGAAAAAUUAUCAUGAAGCGGGAAUUGUGUUCGCGAGUAUCGUGAAUUUCAAUGAAAUGUAUGACGAGUCGUAUUUGGGCGGAAAAGAGUAUCUGAGAGUGCUUAACGAGUUAAUUGGGGACUUUGAUGAGCUCCUUGGCAGGCCGGAAUUUAAAGCGGUAGAGAAAAUUAAGACUAUCGGAAGUUCGUUCAUGUGCGCAAGUGGCUUGAAUCCAUCAAGUAGAGGCGAAAAUAAUGAGCAUUUGAUCGCUUUGAUGGAUUUCGCCAUUGCCAUGCAAGCUGUUAUCGAUAAUUUUAAUCGAGAUUUGCUGGAAUUUAAUCUCAUUUUGCGUAUCGGAUACAAUAUUGGAGAUGUGACAGCGGGUGUCAUUGGUACGAGUAAGCUGUAUUACGACAUAUGGGGUGACGCAGUGAAUAUUGCAAGUCGCAUGGAUUCAACAGGUGUGGCUGGGCGCAUUCAAGUCAGUAGUCAUUGUCUCCCGUAUUUGGAAUCGACUUACGAAUUCGAGUCACGUGGACAAGUUUACGUCAAGGGAAAGGAUAACAUGGAGGUAUUUUUGUUGAAAUGCAAACGUCCCGUGAACGACGACUUGCCGAGUGCUGAAGAUGAUCAAAAUAUUUUUUAAUUUACAAAAAAAAAAAAAAAAAAAUUGGGGAGACACAAGAUCCACAGACUGAAAAAUUAUCGAUUUUAAUAUAAAUUUGUUUAAAAAAAUAUUUUUUUUAAUUUAAUGAACAAGAAAAAUCCUUUUUAAUCGCUUUAAACAACUACAAUCAGUUUUAAUUGCAAAAGUCAUUCAAAAAAAAAAAAGUUUUCAUAUCACAAGUAAUUUAAUUGAAAAGUGGCAACAACUUGAAGAGUUUAAACUAAUAAACUUCAUUAAAA